AUGGCAUCGCUGAACCUAUCCAUCAACGGUCCCUCCAUCAAGAGUAGCUACCAGGGGGUCGUCAACGGUCAACUCCCAAAGUCAGACUCGCCAACCUACGCCCAAUGGGCUCUGUUUACAGUUCAAGCUCCCUUGCUCAAUGCCUUCCAAGAUGGCGGGGCUAAGGAGAGCAUCCUCAAGGUCGAAACGAAAGGAGAGGGUGAUCUCGCCGACUUGAUUGAAGAUUUCAGCGAAGGCCGUAUCCAGUAUGCCUUCGUCAAGGUCAAGGAUCCCAACACUGCUCUACCGAAGAACGUGCUCAUUGCGUGGUGUGGAGGUGGCGUACCCGAACGAACGAAAGGCUACUUUACCAGCCACACGGCAGCUGUCGGCAAAGUCCUUCAUGGCUACCACGUCCAGAUAACCGCACGGUCAGACAGCGAUCUCGAGCCCGCCGCCAUCAUACAAAAGGUCUCUGAUGCCUCUGGCGCCAAGUACACCGCCGGUGGCUCCGCUCCCAUGCCCGCACCAGCUGCCCCUCCAGUGGCAAAGAAGCCCGUGUUCACUCCUACCACGAGCACUGGGGGUUCCUUCAACCCCCUCGUGGCCGCGCGUAAUCGAAGAGACAACAACGUUGACGAAGAUGGUUGGGGCGCUGAUGCGCCGCCCGUGACCAGGACGCAGUUGGAAAAGGUGGACUCGGCCUACAAGCCUACCAAGGUGAACCUGGCGGAUCUGGUCAAGAACCAAGAGCCGGCUAGGUUCAAUGGGUCUAGCAAGCAAGAUGAUACUGCCGGUGAUGUUGUCAGAGGCGGAUACCAACCUGUUGGAAAGGUAGACAUCGCGGCAAUCCGAGCGCAAGCAAAGAAUAAGGACGAUCUCAGGCCCACACCCGUCAAAGGCUCGUAUGAGCCUGUUGGCAAGGUCGACAUUGCCGCCAUCCGAGCCAGGGCCCAAAAGCCAGCCGAAUCUGCCGAUGAAGAAGCGCCUCGUCCUUCAGUCUCCGAACGAACCUCAGCCUUCAGCCAGCCAGCACAGUCGGAACGCCUUACCACUCUACCAAAGCCUAAAGUUGCCAAUAAGUUCGGCGGAGCAAGCACUUUCACCGGAACCAAGGCUCCUACUCCUGGCGGGCUGGGUUUCGGCGGCCCUGCAGCCCCUGCAGCAGCCCCCGUUGGUGCUGCCAGCCGCACCUUCGCGGAUCAAGGCGGUAAGACUCCCGCCCAGUUGUGGGCGGAGAAGAAGGCUAGAGAGAGAGGUGCUUCGGGCUCAGGCCCAGACCUGGCACCUCCAGCCACCUCUCCCGUGACUGCUCAGAAGAGUGGAGGCGAGUGGAAGAGCGGAUACAGCGGUAAGAGCUGGGGCACUGUGCAGACUGGAGCCUACGGCCGAGGCAUUGUGGGAGAGAAGACGGGCGACACAGUGGGCUCCAAUGACCAGGAGCAGCCUGCUUCUCCGUCUGGUGGCGUCUCUGCUCUUAAAGAUCGAUUCAAGGGGGGACCACCAAUGGGUGCUGCUGCGCCCGCGAUCCCCCGAGCUGCCACAGGUGCCAGUGAUAGUGCCCCACCACCGCCGCCCCCAGAGGCGAGCCGCCCAUCUGACGGGUUCGCAUUGCCAGGCUUGCCAUCUCGACCUGCGGCUGACGACGAGGAGGUUGAUGAGGAGCCUGAGCGAGAGUCUUCGCCGAUCCGAGUCGCUGCACCCAUCCCACGUGUUCCCGAGCCCGAGAUUGAGCCAGCACCGCAACAACUUCCAUCACGUCCCAUACCUGUUCCCGAAGAGAUCCCCCAGGAGCAGGAGCUUCCUGAAGAUCACGACCUAGCUCGUGGUGCAGCAACUGCUGUGGCAGAAGAGGCCUUUGGUCACGAUCAAGUGCAAGAGGCUCAAGCUGGCGCUGCCGGUGGCAAGCGCGCUAUCAUUGAGUACGACUACGAAAAGGCAGAGGAGAACGAGCUUGAACUCAGGGAAGGAGAGUACGUGACCAACAUCGACAUGGUAGACGACGACUGGUGGAUGGGCACGAACUCGAGGGGCGAAAUCGGCCUGUUCCCCAGCAACUACGUCACUUUGGUCGACGACGACGAUGCCACCGCUGGUGCAGGCCAUGCUGCUGCCCCACCCCCGCCCCCUGCCGCUGAGCCCGAGCCCGAGCCCGCCGCGGGUGGAAGUGCUGUGGCGACAGCACUGUUUGACUAUGAGGCAGCUGAAGAUAACGAAUUGAGCUUUGCGGAGGGAGACAAGAUCACAAACCUGGAAUUCCCAGACGACGACUGGUGGUUCGGUCACCGUGGGGGCAAGUCUGGACUCUUCCCUGCGAACUAUGUGGAGCUUGAUUCUUAA